AUGUCCAAGAUUCCCAAACCCCUAGAAGAAGAAAAAGGAGAAGAACAGAAGCCAAGCAACCAAGAAGAAGAAGAAGAAGAAGAAGAAGAAGAAGAAGAGUCGAAGAAGAAAGAAGAGUUGUUAGGAUCUUUGUGUACACCGACUUCAAGUGAUCACAAGAUUCCGGAGGUGGAGACAUGUCCUCCGGCGCCAAGAAAGCGACCGCGUGAGAUUCCUCUGACAAAGAAGAAGAGAUUGUCCAAGGAUCUUCGGUUCUUCGAAGCCACUGAAGUAGGGAGCCAGGAAGUUGAGACUUUCUUUGUUCACAACCCAAACCAUGUCCGUAAGAAACGGAGGAGUAAUAGCGCGUGA